GCCGUAGGGAGAGGAUAUGCGUCUCUAUCUUUCAAAUUUAACUUAAAACCGCAAUAAAAACGUGUGUGUAAUAAAUACUCUGCAGUGUUGUAUUGUGACGUAAGAAGUGAUAUUUGUUGACGCCCUUCUUGAGGGGUGAUUUACACAAAUACAACAUAAGUCACAACAAACUAGCAAUGUCAGAAGUAAGCAGUGAAACAAUACAUAUACCCCCAUAUCACUGAAUCUAAGAUGACGUCGGAGAAUCCAGUAGAUGUAGAAAAUGCGAACGUGAAAAAGUCAGACGACAAACAGACAAACAAAAAAGACAAGAAUCAAACUCAUACGCUUAUGAAACUAUUCUACGAGUUGCCUGACGACAUAAAACCAAACGGCAACAUGCUGAAAGAAGCCCCACCGAUAACGAUUGUAGAAAUCACAGAGCAGAAUGGUUGUGAGCUAAACAGCGCCAGACUAUGUGAUAGUUAUAAAACUAGUCCAGAAAUAGGCAAUAAGGUAUACGAUUUAGAUGAACAAUGUCCAGACGUUAAGGAAAUAGAUAGAACAACUCCAGAUGACUGUACAGAGGAAGAUUUGGAAGAAUUAAAGAAGUUAUUAGACAGCAAGCCUAGGCUUUUAGAGAGGUAUUUGAGGGAUUGUGCGUCACUGGAGGAGGUGAAUAGACUGCAUUGUAUAACGUCUGGUGGACCUUUAUCUCCAAGACCGACACACGAAGCGAGAAGUACGUCGGUGACGUCAGAUCUCUUCCAAUUAUGGCUGUCGUCGUCUCCUGUCAAGAGAUCACGGUCGCCAAGCAGUUCAGCUCAAAGACAGCUCGAUGAAGCUGAUCUUUUCAUGGACCUUAUCAAGGAUGUCGCAAAUGAAUUGGACAUUGAUGUACUUUGUCAUAAGAUCCUUGUGAAUGUGUGUUUGCUAACAUCAGCGGACCGAGGCAGCUUAUUUCUGGCUAAAGGGACUCCACCUAACAGAUACCUUCAAGCCAAACUAUUUGACGUUACUAGGGUUACAGAGUUAACCGACGCGUUACGAAUGGCAAGGACGCAAGAAAUAAGGAUACCUUUUGGUGUUGGAGUGGCAGGCUUGGCUGCUCAGACCAAACACCCGAUUAAUAUUAAAAAUGCUUAUGCAGAUCCUAGGUUUAACAGCGAAAUCGACGCCCAAACUGGUUACAAGACGGAAUUAAUACUCUGUAUGCCCAUAUGUAACUAUGAAGGUGACGUCGUCGGUGUGGCACAGAUUAUAAAUAAAACCGAUGGUUCCAAAGAAUUUUCCGCUAGAGAUGUAGAAGUAUUCCGCCGGUAUCUAACUUUCUGCGGUAUUGGCAUACAAAACGCUCAGCUAUUCGAGUCUUCCGUGCUGGAGUAUAAAAGGAACCAGAUCCUUCUAGCACUAGCUAGAAGUAUAUUUGAGGAACAGAAUAAUUUGGAAUGUCUAGUGACGAAGAUAAUGACCGAAGCGCGGGAGCUGUUGAAGUGUGAAAGAUGCGCUGUAUUCAUAUUAGACACAGAUCAUUGUGAAUCGAGCCACUUGGAGCGUAUUGUACAACGUCCGGGCGGGCGGCCUCCAGGCUAUCCAGCCCUACCACCGCCCGCCCCAACCCGCUUUCAUACCCUCUUCGAGUUAGGCGCUCAUCACUCUCGAACAACAUUGACUCCUAGACACGACACAAAGUCGACGUUGGCAUCUAUUGCAUUGGCGGUAGCCCAAUCAAAUAAGGCUUUAAACAUAUCAAAUGUGGAUGAUUGGCGUCAGGAUAACGGCAUGACUGACAAAGAGUGUGACGAUGCAGUCAAUGUUCGGACCAUGCUCUGUAUGCCUAUUGUCAAUGCUAACAAGGACGUCAUUGGAGUCGCACAAUUGAUUAACAAGGAAAAUGGUUCUCAAUUUACUGAUGGUGAUAUAUCAAUAUUUGAAGCGUUUGCUAUAUUCUGUGGUUUGGGAAUCCACAAUACGCAAAUGUAUGAAAACGCCUGCAAACUUAUGGCAAAGCAAAAGGUUGCUCUUGAGUGUCUCUCAUAUCAUGCGACAGCGUCCUCAGAGGAUACGACCAAGUUGUGCCAAGAUGUUAUUCCUUCAGCGGAAACGUACAAUCUUUAUAGCUUUAAAUUUCAUGACUUUGAUCUAUCAGAUGAGGAUACAUGUAGAGCCACCUUGCGGAUGUUUCUUGAAUGCAAUCUUGUCGAAAAGUUUCACAUACCAUACGACGUUCUCUGUCGUUGGACUUUAAGCGUCAAAAAGAAUUACCGCCCAGUAAAAUAUCACAACUGGAGGCACGCACUAAACGUAGCCCAGACUAUGUUCGCUAUGAUGAAAACCGGCAAAAUGGAACGUUUCAUGUCAGAUCUGGAAAUAUUGGGCCUCCUUGUCGCUUGUCUAUGCCACGAUUUGGACCAUAGAGGCACAAAUAACGCGUUUCAGACGAAAACCGAAAGUCCUCUCGCGAUUUUGUAUUCGACGUCGACGAUGGAACAUCAUCACUUCGAUCAGUGCGUCAUGAUUUUAAAUAGUGAGAGCAACAACAUUUUUCAGGCUCUAUCACCAGUGGAUUAUAAAUGCGUGAUGCGCGUAGUAGAGACUGCUAUAUUAUCCACAGACCUUGCUAUGUACUUUAAGAAGAAGUCUAAGUUCCUAGACCUAGUGGAUAAUGGAGAGUUCGACUGGCAGAGUCCCGAGAAAAAAGAAUUGCUAUGUGGCAUGAUGAUGACAGCAUGUGAUGUGUCAGCGAUCGCUAAACCGUGGGAAGUCCAACACAAGGUGGCGAAACUAGUGGCUGAUGAAUUCUUCGACCAGGGUGACCUUGAAAAGCUUCAGCUCAAUCAGCAGCCGAUCGCCAUGAUGGACAGAGAAAAAAAGGACGAGUUACCUCAAAUGCAAGUUGGUUUCAUCGACAUGAUCUGUCUUCCGCUUUACCGUGUGCUGUCAGACACGUUCCCCUGGAUCCAGCCUCUAUAUAGCGGCACCUUCGAGAACCGUCAGAGGUGGCAGGACCUGGCAGAGAAGGUAGAAAUGGGGCUCACUUGGAUAGAUCAUGACACAAUUGAUAAACCGAUUGAGGAGUUUACUACUUCGAACGACACGAUUAAAGAUGUUGAGUUCACAGUCACAACUCUCAAUUGUCAACGACCUGUAUCAGAUACUGUGGCCCUGGUUAAGCCCUUCAAAACCCCAUUCCACUCCCUCAGACGAGGGAAGACUUCCAGUGUUAACGUCAGACCUUCGAGGAAUAAACUUACGAGUUUCUUCCAGGUCUCUCUACGCGGCCCCAAACAAUCGCGAAGACCAAGAUCCAACAGCGAAGGAGAUCCCGCCGACGCAGCCACAGCUCCCGCAAACCAAGACAUCUAAACAUAAAGGAAGGUUGUGUCAUAUGUUGUGACGAAGUUUGAACUGGGGCAGUGAAAACAGCACAGACAAGAAGGACAUAAUAAAGCCGUCCCAGUCAUUCGAUUAAUAAUUGUGUCCUUAACGUGGUUUCACUUAAAAUAAACUGUUAAUUAUUUAAGUCGAAGCAAAGGUGCUGGUGUCAGCCACCAUUGUCAUAAUAUGCCACUUUAAACUUUAAAGUCUAAUCAGUUGAUAACCGUUAUUACUUGUUGUUCAUUCGAUUCGAGUAAAAAGUAAGGACUAUUUUAUUGUCUAUAAUAUCAGUUAUUUAUAGGAAAAAUUAUUAAUGUCGGAGCAAUAGUGUUAGUGUCAGCUGUCGUUGUCAUUAUAACAUUAAAGUCAAAGAAUAUACCAAACGUUGACCUUCGACAUUUUAAAUGUCAGUUACAAAAGAAAACUUUUAACCAAUUCUUAUGAAUUGGCUAUUUCAUUUUUAAAACCUUUUCAGUUUAUCUACUACAUAUAUAUUACCCAUACAUAUAGUUAUUUUUAAUUCUAAAAAUUCAUAAAACAUUAAUAAUUUCUUCUCUUUAGGUAAGAUGAAGAUAAGAUGGCGUUUCACGCUGAUAAAAAAACAAUGGAACUGGAAGUAAACAAUGUUAUGAUUUUAAAUCUUAUUUUACACAAAUACCAUUAUUAUUUUAUGAUCAAAAACAGUCUCCGACGAAAUUAAAUUCCAAGAUAGUAUUAGUAUUAGACAGACAAAGCCAUAUUAUUAUUAUUUAACUAUGAUUUAUUGUUUAAAAGUAAUAAUUAUUUACAAGUUAUUUGAAUCUAUAACGUUUUUAAAGCCAUGUUUUUUGCAGAUAUCUCUCAAUAACAAUUUCUUCCUCAUACGUCCAAUAUCAUGAGGUAUUGACAUAUAUUAACAGUUUAUUGUGACUGAAAUCAGCUAUAGUCUUUGAUAUUUAAUCCAAGACUAUAGAUAAAAAUUCUAAAAUAGUUUGAUAAAUGUUAACUUUAAUAUGUACUUCGACUUAAGAUUUGUUCACUGCAUUCGUGACUUUUUAACUGAUUUAUUUAUUUGUUACAAAAAGAGUUAAAAUUCCUGUAGAUUGUCAAAUACUACAGUUCUUUAAAUUUUUGUUGCCAUACUUAAAUACACAUUUAAAAUGAAAAAUGAAGGUUGUAAAAUUGUGACAUAUGGCACGCGUUUCUCUCCUUACAGAAAUGUUAUGUUACCUACACGAAAUAUUAAAUACAAAUUAAAAUAUAAAACUACUCUAGUGAUGAUACUCUAUAUGCAUAUUAGUGUAGCAAAAUAAUUUAGCUUUGAACCAAAUAAUCAUUUGGUCGCGUAGUAAUACAACAUUGGCAAUAGAAAGCUACACAGUGCUUCAAGAACGCAGUGAAAAAAUUUUCUGAAAUCUUUGUAAUAACUAGUUACUACGUCUUUUUGACGCUCUUGUUUUCUAUAAUGACUAGUUCCCGUAUUUAGAACGGAUAACGUAUGCAGAAGUGAUGUAUGUGCACUAACUUCUCCUCGCAUGUUGACAUUGACGUAAGAAUCAGAGACAACAUUUUGUUGUAUACGUAAAACAACAACGUUGUAAAGUUCUCUUUGACUAUGUCGUCCUCUUCUGUCAUAUUUUCUUUACGCUAUGAGGAAAAGAGACAGGAAUAGUAUAGGUUGACAGGAUUAUAAUCAGGAUUUGUUAGAGCAUUGCGCUUAAACUUUUUGAUCCUUGAAUGAUGAAUUAAGUGUAUUCAGAGACAAGUUUUUAGUCUUCGGAAUUUCAUUGAUCUUUCAAGGUGGUUGCAGGCAAGUGUAGGUAACUUACCUAAAUAUAAUUUAAUUUUCAUCUUUAUCUAUUAUCUUAUACCGUUAUAUUUAUUUUAAUUCGUAUAAGUAAAUUAUUUGAAGCUUUACCCAAAGUAAAAUAUAGGAACUAGUUAUUAACUAUAGUGUAAUGUAUUUAUAGACUGUGAUCUAGUGUUACUUCACUCUAAUUUGUAAAUAAAAUCUUGUUGUAAGUUUCUAGGUCUCAACACGAAAUUAGAUGCAAAUAUCAAUGUAUAUAUUGCUUUUUUUAUAAAAUUUUAAAUUGAAAUACCAAAGGACAUUAGCGAUAACGAGCGGUGAUUAUACAAAGAUUUUUUUUCCUAGCACGGUCAUGGUAUGACAGUAUACUGCACAGACAGUUAGCAAUAUCUUUAAAAAUUAUCGUCGCCAGUAGUCGUUAUACAUUCUACUUUAGGCACAAAUUAGUUCAGUUGGUUACAUCUGCGGACCGCGUAUUAAUUAUUCCAUUUAGUAUUAGGUAUACGUUACAAAGUUUUUAUUGUUCCUUUUAAAAUCAUCUAAUAUUGUGUCGAGACUUAUUCAUAUUGUUGGAUGUGUAGAUGUGUUAUUGAUAACAAUAUUUCUGUACACAAUGCGAAUUAUCUUAGUCACUAUUGUUAUCGUUAUAACUAAAAACUAUUUUCUAAACUGUUCCACAAUUUAAAACAUCUGUAUAACUUCCUAUUUUAAAUUUAGUUCCUUCAGGAUGGCGCUUACCUAUCGAUGAUAAACAAAAGACGAAACGAUAACUCACUUUGUUUCAUUGUGAUUGGUCUCACGGAAAUACGAUUCAUAUCGCGUUGCUUUGAACCACUGGCUGUUUGGUGGCCACAAUCAAACUUUACCACACUAAGACGUAAGACGUACGUACAUAGUCUUCUGUCGUAUUAUUUAUUGGUAUUCUAAUUUGUUUGCUUUUUGCUCAAGCUUUUUGUAUUUUUAUUUAUAAAUACAUAGAAAAAGUAAACACACAUUUAACUUUUAUCAUACGCUAUAAUUUAUUAUUAAAUGCAAAAGUAUUAUGAUGCUAGUCGUAUAAAUAUAAAUGUGUUACCAACGCAAAAUUUACGUCCGCUUAUAAAGCCAUGUAAGUGCAAUAUUUAAUUUAAUUACAGAGUCUAUUUUGUAUAUAUGUAGUAAGUUAAAUGAAUAGAUUAAUAAGUUAUAACCCCCUUAUUCAUCGAAACUAAAAGAGUUUUAUGUUGUGUGUAAAUCAAUGUUUUUACUAAUAUACCUACUAAUUUAUUUCAAUUAAACAUUAAUUAAACCACAUUAAACUGUUCGUUUUGUUAAAGCAGCGUUGCUAUUUAGCUUAUAUGAAUAUGGUUUACGUGUUUUUCUAAUUACAAAUUUUAUCAACAACAAAAGAUCGAUUUUAGACAGUACCCGUAACGCAAAUUUGCAAUAAUCACGCCUUUGUAAAGACUACUGAUCUCCACUUGCUACGGCUAUAACAUACUCUCGGUUCAGACAAAUGACAUUCCUGCAAGCUCGUUAUUAGUACAAUUGACCUACCCAAUGUUUACUUGGAUUUUGUGCCCUUGCCUGACCCGAUCAUCAUAGUUACCUUGUAUGGCGAUUCAUAUGGCCAAAUUCCCUUUCACGCCUCUCCCUCUUUUAUACCAGUAUGGUUCACGUAUCUCACUCUUGCUUAUCUUACCACGCAAUGUUACACACAUACUUAACACACGUAACGUUAAUGCUAUUGUUUUAGCAUUGCCUUGGAUUUAUAAUUCGCCAAUGAUAUAAAAUACAACUCAACGUUAUACUCAACGUUAACGUUGAGUUUACUUGUUAAACUUGCUGCUAUUAUACUUACGCGACGUAAAUGAAAAUAUAUCGCUGUAUUUGUUUUUCUAAUUACAAAAAAAUCUCGGAAAUAUAUCGACAAUGUGUUAAUUAUUUCGCAUCUUUUAGCCAAUAACUUAAAUAUAAUUCAGACAUUUAUUCAUAUUUAAUGUUAAAUUAUUGUUUAAAUUCUAUUUAUUUUAAUUGUUAGAUGAAACGGGAGUACUUUUUUAAUGUUUUGUUCGCCUUAGAACUCCCGUAUGUAACAAAACAUUAGUUGUCUCAACUCAGUUGUCUAGGGAUUCCAACUUAAGUCCUUUAAUGAGCAAGCCAUGAAAAAUCUCACAGGAAUACAUGCUAAAACAUAACCAUAUUGAAAAUAGGCAAUAUUGUAUUACGAGACACGUUAAUUAACACUUUUUUAACGAAUAUAAUAUGCGUUUUUAUUACAAUAUUUAUGUAACUACACUUUUGUGCUACGUAAUAGUGGAAGUCCGCGAGAGUUUUAAAGUUAUCAUUAAAAUCUUUUAUUUAUAGUACCUAAGCCAUAAAAUUUAUUAUAUUACCUGACGUUCAUUAAAUUUCUAUAUUUUCACACACCCCCGCAAUUUUUAUGAAUAGUUUCCUUAUUAUUGUUAAAAUGUUAUUUGUUAAAAUAUUACGUCAAGUUUGAGCAAUUCUAUAAUAUAUAAUUAAUUUAUAAUCAUCUAGUAGUCAAAAUGAUACUUUUUUCUUUAAUGUCGCUUGAAAACCUCGCAUUUAUUAGGUCUAAAGGGAUUUAUGAAUUUUAAUGUUUCGUCUUCCAUAAUUUCUGUUAGUAUCAUUUUCACUGUUAGAAUUUAGACGAACUAGAUUUUCUGGUGUUGUGACGUAGUUUUAUUACUAUUAGGUCUAUGUAAAUCUUUACUGUAUUAAAAUGUUUGAGAUUUCUCUA